AUGAAGAAGAUGAUGGGCCACGUGCUGUGCUUACUGGCUCUCAUACUGUACUGUGUCUGUGGAUGCGUGAUGGCUAGUUAUGAUAAUAUGCAGCCUCCAUUUCCUGGUGGUCCUGGGGGAAUUCUUCAGCCUGCUGUGCCUGGUGCUGUUUCUCGUAAUCCUGGUAUUCCUGGAGGUGUUAAUCCUCCUCAUCCUCGUCUUCCUGGUGGUUCUCAUGGUGCUGGUAGAUCUCCUCUUCAGUCUCCUGUUGGUUCUCUUGCCGCACAACAUGGGCCUCACUCGACCUUUGCUGCUCAUCGAGAUCCUUGUGCUAAUCCUGGUGUGUCUUGUCCUGGUGGUGUUCCUGGUAUGGUUGGUCCUGUUCCUGGUGCUAAAGGUUUCCCAAAGACAAUUCCCCCUCAGUUACAUCCUCAGCAUAAACCUGCUCCUGCAGUUAAACCUGCUGUUCCUGGUCCUGCUGGUGCUGUCGGUUCUCAUGAUUCUUAUGGUAUGCCUCUUUCACCUCAACUUAAUGGUGGUAUUAGUCAGCCAGGAGUUGAUGCUGGUCAACGUGUUGUGCCUCCUGCAACUAAUAAACAUGAGAAACAUACUGACGAAUCUAAGGGUAUUACUAAAGGUGAUAAUGGUAUUGUUGUUACUGAGAAGAAAGAGGUCAAGAUGGCAAAAGUGGUGGAAGGAGAAUUGGGCGACAGUUCACAAGGCCAUGGUCGUGGGAAUAAAAGUAAACCAGAAACUGUCCUAUCUCCUGUUUCUCCUGUAAAAGAUCACAGUGGCGAUCAAACGGAUGUGGUGACAAAGCAAGCAAAGAAUACACAGAAGCAACCGCUACCCAGUGAGUCAGUUCUGAUUGGUUCUGAGGGUCAACAAGAACCGAUAAAGGAAACCACACAAGGUCAUCAACAAGAUAACCCCAAUACAGAAACAAAUACCACAGGUACAACAAGUACAGACUCCCAUGUUACUGCUGACUCAAAACCACAUCCUACUACAGAUGCAUCACCUAGUGAAAUAAUUAAAUCUGGUCUAUCUAUUGAUGAUUCAAACACAAUAAAUAAUACGGGCAAAGAGCCCAACAGUACCACUGAUAAUGUGACAACUACAGAGAAUGAAUCAUCAAAUGGUGUCAAUACUGUGGGUGCAUCAGCAGAAGGGAACACCACAGCGAACACGACCUCUGUCACUCUCAAUACCACCAGUAACGAGGAAUCAACCUCACCUACCACCAACACCACCACCACCAAUACAAUUCCUACAAUCCCUGGAUUCAGCAAUAACACCAUAAUGCCCAAUUUGAGGGGUGAUGCAGACAGCAGCAGUAGUAUCAGCAGUUCUGUGUGGGUGCGUGUACCACUACUGAUUGUGGUUACACUGGCCUGUAUUCUUGUGUGCUGA